CGCGCUUAUUGCAACACUGAUAGACGUGGCAUUAGUUGUUUUGCAGACUUCUAGUUGUGAGGCUAAAAUCCCGGCGAUACCGUAGGUAACCGCAGCGCAAUGGAUCAUCACGUAUAGGCACCUUUAGAUAAGAUUAUUUUGAGUGUGUUAAGGUCUUAUUAAUUUUCAACGAUACAUCGGUUUGUGAUUUGGUGAACGACGAUUAAAAUGUCUGGUUUCGACGAGAAUCCCUUCGCGGAACCAAGCAUCAAUGAUCCAUUUGCGGAUCCUGCAAUAAGGAGAGCUGUAUCCUCCACACCGGCCAACAGAGGUUUGGAAGAUUAUAAUCCAUUUGCGGAUCAGGGAACACAAGGAACAGCACAAGUCAGAGGUGCUUCAAACCCUCCUAUUUAUGGGGGAGUUGGAGCAACACAGCAACCAGCUACGCUUCAACCUACGAGUCAAGAAGCUCCACCACCUAACUAUGCCCGUACUCCUCAGCAAACGGUGAAUGCUGCACUUGGAAGCACAUUGUCUCUUACUUCGGAUGUAAAUCAAAGAUCGGAGCCAGAAUGGAAAGGAAGAACAGAAGAGGAUAUGAGAAAUACGCCAUAUUAUCCAAAGCGUCACAACUGGCCACCUUUACCUGAUAAGUGUUGCUUCCAACCUUGUUUCGAUCAAGAUAUAGAUGUGGAAAUAAGUACAGACUUUCAGAAAGUUGUCAGGCAAUUGUAUCAUCUAUGGAUGUUUCAUGGCUGUGUUUUGGUUCUAAAUGUUUUUGGUGGAUUUGUGCUGAUUUUAUGUAAUGAAAGGUUUUCAACAUUUGGUCUUGGAAUAUUGUAUCUUAUACUUUUUACACCCUUCUCGUUUUUGUGUUGGUUUAGACCGGCAUACAAGGCUUUCAAGAAUGAUAGCUCUAUCAACUUCAUGGUGUUUUUCUUUGUCUUUUUCUUUCAACUAAUUGUAACAGCAAUUCAGGCUAUAGGCAUUCCUGGCUCAGGAACUUGCGGUAUAAUAACAGCCAUGUUGAUGUUCGACAAGUCCGCCAAGGGAAUCUUUGUUGGUCUUUUGUUGCUCUUUAUCGCCCUAUGUUUUGUUCUUGCUGCGUGUGGUGAUCUUCUAUUGUUGACCAAGAUUCAUCGUAUUUAUCGUUCGUCGGAAGCGAGCGUUUCGAAAGCACAACAAGAGUUCGCUACAACAUUUUUGCGCAAUGAACACGUGCAAAACGCUGCGAGUAACGUUGCUGCCACUGCUGUUCGCACCCAAAUGGCUAACGCUGCUAAUCAACCACGCUACUAAGCGUUAUUUUGCCACACUCCAAGAUUUAUUCUUCAGGUACUCUGAUGUUUUACUUCUCAAUAAAUCAAUAGAUCAUCUUAGUUUCGGUGCUUCUGUAUCGAAACAGGAUUACGCCGUCUUACAGAAGUCUAUAUUUCAAUUGGAAAAUUAUAACGUUAACGUUAGAAUCAUAUUUUCAAUUAUUUGUGUUUGAACAUAUAUCAUGCAUGUUUUGUUGAAAUUAAUAGUCUAAUUUAUUGGCAAAGAAUGUUACUGGAUAUUUUUAACAAAUGUUUAUAAAUUAUCACCUAUUCGCAACAGUAUUUUAAAUUUGAAUAACACACGAUGUUUGUGUGUGAGUGCGCGCGCCUAUGUAUUACUUAACGUAUACUUUGUAAGUUAUGUUUCGUUUUUUUUUCUUUUUAACAAAAAAAGAAGUCACGAAAUAAUUUAUCAUGUAGUAGGAGUGAGCUAAUAAUCAUAUCAGUAACUUUUGUAUUAUUGCUUCUAUUAUACAUCAAUAUAUUUGCUAGCUUUUCUAUUUUAAAGUGGCACUUUUAUUCAUGAUGUUGUAAUCAUGCGCGAUUUAUACGAAGAAAAAUGUGUUUGGUUUGCUGAUAAUCAAAAUAAUUUUAUAACACGGUUAUAUCCAUCCGUUCAUAGAGUUUAAUUUUCAUUUGUUGUGUCGAUAAGCGUUAACUUAAUUACGAAUUAUACGGAAAUGAUACAUCUUUUUAUCUAUCCCAUAAUGUCCUAUACAUUCCUUGCAACGUGUAAUAUAUGGCCUUUCCUGAUUAAGUACUUGUUAUCUAGCACCAUAAAAUAUUAUAACACUUUGUAAAGUUUAAUCUAUAAACAUACGUAUAGGAAAUAAUUUGAAAACAAAUUACUUUUACAUACGUUUAAUUAUUUAUUAAUUAUUGAUAUAUUAUUUGUAACCUGCAUCGGGUUGCAUCGUUGCUGUUACUUUAUUGGAUGUAUCGAAACAUGUCCGAAUGAAGUGGAAAAUUUGUAUUGAGUAAAAAAAUGUUCAGGAGUAUCGAGAAAAAGGUACCUUGUUAUUUGUUGAGA